GCGAAGCCAACGACUGUCCAUGCCAUCCAGCAUUCUACCAUCCAUCGCGAUAUCACCCGGACUCGAAUGGAAGACUACCAGUUUUCAAAAGUGUACAAGGCAAACUCCGCCGCUUACUCUCCCGGUUCCACUUUCAUCGCCACGGCGUCGCAGAACACAGUUGUCAUCCGCUCCACAUCGUCCCUCGAGAGCAUUCGCACGUGGGCGUGUGCUGUCCCGGACAGGUCGAGAGGGGAUAGUUCAAGCACGCAUGGCGUCCAUGAAGUAAUCAUUGACUAUCUUGAGUGGUCUCCGGGUGGAACUCACCUCCUGGCGUUCUCACACUCCAAUGGACUAGUCUGGGUGUUUGACCUCCCCAAAAAUGAAGUCGUUGCUCGGGUCGGAGGAGAUGUCCUUGAGGCGACAUGGGGGGGAGAUUUCCUGCUGACGCAGAUGGAGAGGGGCCUUGCGCUGUACGAUUUGACUUCAGGCCGCAAUCUCUUCAUCCAGAACGCGCAGGGCUAUGCAUGGUCGCCCGAUAGAAGCUACAUAGCUGUGUCUGAGCGGCACCAGGGAAAGCAGUAUGUCGGCGUCUACGACAAGAAGACGUUAGUCCGACACUUCGAGGUGCUCUCGGCAGACACGACCCACAUCAGUUGGAGCCCUUGCGGGAAAUGGAUUGCGCUGCUUGACUGGACGCUUUCUCACCAUGUCUUCUUUUACUCUCCAGUAGGAGUCUACAUAGGCACAUACGCCCUUGACACUUCUUCAAACGCUGCCCACGACCUUGUGCAGUCCAUCAAACGGACAGCGUGGGCGCCAAACGGACGGCACUUUGCAAUUGGCGACUCAGGUGGCUUAGUGCGCAUUGUGGAGAGCGAGAACUGGACCUCGAUUGCGAGCUUAAGGGGGUAUCAAGGCAUCUCUAUCCAUGAACCGGUCGUGCCCCCUUGGACAGGGGAACCCCCCAGUAUAGUGCAGUUUGAGCCAACUACCAUAUCACCCACUGGUUCAGCCAUCCACUGGCUGGGUUUCAGCCCAGAUGGAACCGUCUUGUUUUUCGGACAAGAGAAUGUUCUCCAUAUCGCUGCGUUUCUCGUGGAUUCGGUGUCGCCAACGCCGGUUAUCGAGGCGACCGUCUCCAUCUCCUUCAACGCCUCCAUCAGAAGUGUCCAAUACUGUCCAACAUCCAAUCGCAUCGCCAUCGUGACACGGACGCGGUACUUAUACCUAUAUGACGGGCUGGGCGUCGAAGGUGUUGAAAUCCCCGACGCCCAUUCUUUCGGCGCACUAUCCGUCCGCUGGGCACCCGAUGGUAGCUCGGUCGCGAUUUGCGACAAGAGUUCCUUUUGUCUUGUCUACGAGGAUCCAGGGGCGGAGGACGCCAAAUGGGACGAGAUGUAGGCGCUCGAGCUCGCGUACUGUGACAUGCACCAGGAGUAUGGGUUUAACAAUAUUGGAUCGAGCAAGUUUAGGCGCUC